UUCUGGCGUCACAUCUUUGUCAGUGAACAAAAUGGCAACCUACUGCUUAACCGUCGCAAGGCUUCAGCUUGCUCUGGGCCAAGGUGCCCGACGCCUGCAUGUAGCGGCAGCUCUCAACGCAAAGGCCAAUGUAGCCAUGAGCCGCUUUGAGCCAAACUCUUAUAUCAACUAUGACAAGCUUCGCUCAAAUAUUGACAUUGUGCGCAAGAGGCUUAACCGGCCUCUCACUCUGUCAGAGAAGAUCGUCUAUGGCCAUCUGGAUGACCCAGCCGGACAGGAAAUUGCUCGAGGGCGGACCUACUUGCGCCUGCGACCAGAUCGGGUUGCCAUGCAAGAUGCGACGGCACAGAUGGCCAUGCUGCAGUUCAUCAGCAGUGGACUUCCAAGAGUAGCAGUGCCUUCCACCAUCCAUUGUGACCAUCUUAUCGAGGCCCAGACUGGAGGAGCCCAAGAUCUUCAAAGGGCCAAGGAAGUGAAUCAAGAGGUUUACAAUUUCCUUGCUAGCGCAGGGGCCAAAUAUGGUGUUGGCUUCUGGAAACCUGGUUCUGGGAUCAUCCAUCAGAUUAUCCUAGAGAAUUAUGCGUACCCUGGAGUCAUGUUGAUUGGCACAGACUCUCACACUCCUAAUGGUGGUGGCCUGGGUUGUAUCUGCAUUGGAGUGGGUGGUGCUGAUGCUGUUGAUGUCAUGGCAGGCAUCCCCUGGGAGCUGAAGUGUCCUAAUGUCAUCGGUGUGAAACUGACAGGCACAUUAUCUGGUUGGACCUCACCGAAAGAUGUCAUUCUUAAAGUAGCUGGUAUUUUGACUGUGAAGGGUGGUACGGGUGCCAUUGUGGAGUAUCACGGCCCGGGUGUGGACUCUAUCUCCUGCACAGGUAUGGCCACCAUCUGUAACAUGGGUGCUGAAAUUGGAGCCACCACCUCUGUGUUCCCAUUCAACCACCGGAUGAAGACAUACUUGGAGAAAACAGGUCGUGAAGAAAUCGCUGCGGUGGCGGAUGAGAACAAAGACCUGCUGGUGCCCGAUUCAGGUUGUCAUUACGACCAGGUGAUUGAGAUCAAUUUGAGUGAGCUGAAGCCUCACAUCAAUGGCCCAUUUACUCCUGACCUGGCCCACCCUGUUUCAGAAGUUGGCUCUGUUGCUGAGAAAAACGGCUGGCCCUUGGAGGUUAAAGUCGGACUGAUUGGAAGCUGCACCAACUCCAGUUAUGAGGAUAUGGGCAGAGCUGCCUCUUUAGCCAAACAGGCACUGGACAAAGGCCUCAAGUGCAAAGCUCAGUUCACAGUCACCCCUGGAUCUGAGCAGAUUCGUGCCACAAUUGAGAGAGAUGGAUAUGCUCAAAUUUUGAGGGAUGUUGGUGGAGUUGUCCUUGCUAACGCCUGUGGACCCUGCAUUGGUCAGUGGGACAGACGUGAUGUCAAGAAGGGAGAGAAGAACACCAUUGUCACAUCGUUCAACAGAAACUUUACAGCUAGAAAUGACGCUAACCCUGCCACUCAUGCUUUCGUCACUUCCCCGGAGAUUGUCACAGCCCUCGCCAUUGCAGGCACACUGAAUUUCAACCCAGAGACUGACUAUCUCACAGCCCCCAAUGGAGAGAAGUUUAAACUGGAGCCACCCACAGGAGAUGAACUUCCUGCUCGUGACUUCGACCCCGGUCAGGACACCUACCAGAACCCACCAGCCGAUGGUUCCGGCCUGAAAGUGGACGUCAACCCACAGAGCAACCGCCUGCAGCUGCUAGACCCUUUUGAUAAAUGGAGUGGAAAAGACCUUGAGGACCUUCAAGUGCUUAUCAAGGUGAAAGGCAAGUGCACCACAGACCACAUCAGUGCCGCAGGACCCUGGCUGAAGUUCCGCGGCCACCUCGACAACAUUUCCAAUAAUAUGCUUAUUGGUGCUGUUAAUAUUGAUAAUGAUGCCGUUAAUAAAAUUCGUAACCAUCUGACUGGAGAAUACGGUGGUGUCCCAGAUGUUGCCCGUUAUUACAAAAAGCACAAUGUUUCAUGGGUAGUGGUGGGAGAUGAGAACUACGGUGAGGGUUCCAGCAGAGAGCACGCUGCUCUGGAGCCCAGACAUCUAGGUGGGAGGGCCAUCAUUGUGAAGAGCUUUGCUAGAAUCCAUGAAACUAAUUUGAAGAAACAAGGUGUGCUGCCUCUCACCUUCUCCAACCCUGCCGAUUAUGACAAAAUCCGCCCAGAUGAUAAAAUCUCCAUUGAAGGCCUUGUUAGCUUUGCACCUGGAAAGUCACUGAAGGCCGUCAUCAAGCACAUCGAUGGAAGCAAAGAAACUAUUGAGUUAAACCAUACCUUCAACGAGACCCAGAUUGAAUGGUUCAAGGCCGGUUCUGCCCUCAACAGGAUGAAAUUACAGCAAUGAGUUAUUGGCCCCUAAAUGUUGAUGAGGGCUAUAGACAGGUGUUUAUGGGCUAGGAGGGGUUAUGUAUCAAGCAGAGAGAUUGGUACGUAUAUGAAAGGUUUAUACAUACUCUCAUGUUAUGUAAAGAGUGCAUACAAUACAUUUUUAUACUCCGUUGCAUAGACAAGUCAUGUCAAUACACAAACCUAUACGGGGUGGAUAAGAGAUUAUUAUACAUUUAUUUGUAGUGCAGAUGAACGUUCUUGAGUUAAGAAAUGAGUUAAAUUGUAAUGCUUGUACAUUUCGAGACUGGUUAUUAUCACACAAUAAAUCAUUAUAAAGGGACGGAAGACACUAGAGUUUAAUUCAUAAAAUCAGACGGUAACAAUUAUGUCUGACCUUCCAUCUUUGUUUGUAAUAUUACACUGAACUGGGAAGUGUUUGUGAAUUUAUCUGCUGUAAUCACAUCUAUUGCAUCUAUAUUGUGUUUCACAGUUUUUUAACAGAGCUUUUUGACCACUCAAUGAUUUGCGCAAGCUGAAACCUGACCCUUUAUUUUUCACGUAGCUGUUUUUACUGUGAGUCAGAAUGACUUGUCUAUGCUUAAUGUGCAGUAUCGGCAGAUUUUGUCAUCCACACCACACAAAACUGUCAAAUGUGCGUACUGGUUUGCAUCACAGGUCAAGUCUUUAAAUGUGUUAAAACAGAAUGGUUAUUUAUAAAAAUAAAAUGUCAAUGGAUUGCAAAUGUGCAUUAUCUGAAGCAUCUUAGCUCACACUUUUGAGCAGUAGAUCAGUAAGCAGACCUCUAUGCUUGUGAGCACUUUCUCUGUAUAUUUGAGUGCCCUUUUUUGUAGGGUUGUGUUUUUUUUUGUCGUUACGAAGUUCAAGGCAUUGACAUAAUCAUUGUCAGAUUUUAAAGCCUGUUUUCAGAAAGCGGCCAACUAGCUUUAUCUGAUUUAAAUUCAUGCUCAUCCUAUUAAAUUUUACUGUUGUGUGAAUGCUAGCCAAGGCAACGUAAAAGUGAGUAAAACUGCUGUAACCAGAUAUACCUGGGUAUGUUUGCAGCUCGGUGAAAUAAAUGAGGGGUCUUUGACUACUUGUAACACCCCACAGACACACUCCUGCAUUAUUUUUCUUUUUUUGUUAUUUUUUCCCCAGAGGAAAUGAAUGCUGAUCAGUCAUGGGGGAUUAUAAAAUAAAGUUAUUUCAAAUAUG